AUGUCUCUCCCGGUCCUCACCUCGCAACCAUUUCCUUCUGCCCCUCACCCGAUCACCCCCACCAUCCCUCUCUACUCGCGGACAGAAGGUUCGACCUGUGCACGAAAGCCGUAUCGACAGGAGGUCCCUGAUCGGAACUGGACCGCGCCUCUGAGGGACGGUCUGCCAACGCCUCCCAGCGACAUGAACGGGGUAGCUUCUUACAACAACAUCCCCUCGACCAACUAUGGAAUCACACUUCCCCCAUACGCAAAACAACCCGCAUACCCCCGUAUGAACUCUUCGAAUUCUAUGAUAUCUUCAGCCUCGGCAGCUCAGCCCAAGAGCCAGCCUUCGAUCCACGAUGCCCCGGCUUCCGAGCCUAACAACCAGAAAAAGGGAUCGAGCUCGGUGGCUUCCUAUCUGAAGGUUCCACCCUCCAUCAGCAACAGCAAAGGAAGUCUGACCGAAUUUGCGGCUCAGAUGACUUGUCUUUUCUGGUUUGAAAGCACGGCUAAGUUGAGGGCCAUUGAAGAGCGCUUGAACCCGGUCUAUUCUCUCGUUCCCGAAGCAACCCCUUCCGCUGGUUUCCAGAAAUGGGUGACGAACAUCCUCUCCACGACGCAAGUGAGCCAAAAUGUCAUCUUGCUGGCUUUGCUUUUCAUCUAUCGCCUGAAGAAGUUCAACUCUGGCGUGCGAGGAAAGAAGGGCAGUGAAUACCGGCUGAUGACCAUUGCGCUUAUGCUGGGCAACAAAUUUCUGGACGACAACACUUACACGAACAAGACCUGGGCUGAAGUAUCUGGAAUUUCCGUGCAAGAAAUUCACAUCAUGGAAGUUGAAUUCCUUAGCAACGUCCGAUACAACCUUUUUGUCUCCGAGAAGGAAUGGAGUCAGUGGCACGCUAAGCUUGGUCUAUUCGCCGACUUUUUCCACAACGCACCUUUGGUCCCCGAGAAGAACGAACUGGGACCUACACCUCCAGUUCUUCACAUCUCCCCCAACUUGGGCCCGUCGCCUCAGAAACAGCCUUCACCUUGCUCGAAAUUGCCAUCCCCGCCUGCCCUGGACUCUCUGCGUGCUCCGAACUGGAAUAUGCCAACCAACACCCCGACGUACACCAAUGGACCCCAGCUCAGCAGCCAUAUCCCUCCGCCGAUUUCACGGAAACGAACCCGCGAGGACCCCGUCGAAGAGACUCCAUCAAAGAAGAUGGCAAUGCCAAACGCCAACCCUGCGUCUUCAUCGGCACUUCUGCCGUCGUCCGCCUUGACUGGAAUGUCGACGUUGCCCCCGGUGAUGACGCCAACUUCCGCUCCCACCGCAGGCUCGUCGACUGGAGCCGUUUCUCGCCUUCCUCGUCCUAACUUCCCCCCUUUCUCUCAUUCCUUCAACCCAAGCGUGCCCACCUCCAUGCCUCAGGUCCCUUCGACCACCGGACGAGCGAUGCCACCGAUCUACAACACAACCACCAACUGGGUUCCGCAGGUGGCCCCUUCAACCGGAGUCCCUCCUGUCACUAGUGGCAUGUACAACUCGUCACUGGCUCUCCCCGACCCUGCAAGACAACACAACAGUCCGUUUGGCGUCUCUUCCGCCGGCGUCUCGCCAGCAGUGUCCGCCUAUUCGGUUCACACGCCCCAGACCAACUUGUCCCCAUCCUUCUUCUUGGCAAACCGUAACUCUCCGUACCGGCCUGUUCGAAAUGUCAACACUCUCCUGAUCCCGCCACCGUCGACCUCUCUUCAGCAGCAGCGCAAUAUUCCAUUUGAGCACAUGCACUACCAACCCCUCGGCAAAACAGCGGCGGAGCGCAAGACGGGCCUAUUGCCAUAUCUUCACCAGGACGCUUGGCCUCAGGGACCGUUCUUCCCUCCUACCUUCCACUCGAACCCCAACUACUCGACUUAA